CUGCACAAAGUACGACUGUGAGUACUGACACGUGGACUAGUACCAAUUCGAAUGCGCUCCGCUGAUAUCAGAAGAUGGUGUUGCGUUGAGCCCUCUUCCGUAGAUCACUAGCUUUGUGCCGGCCGUCAGCGGUGGAAGAAGGCGAAGGAGAUGCCCAACACGACUGUCAAGUUUUUAAGCCUGAUCGACUGAGUGUGCUCGAUCGACGCUUCUCUCCUUCCCCCGACAGACACUGUCAGGAUGGUGCACUUGACGGACGACCUGGCGGCGCUGAUUGGGUUCGCGGGAGAGGCGACACUCUGGGGGGCCUACGCAAUCCUCUUUCUCGUCUCUAUCGUCCUUAUGCGCAAGCGGAAGCAGUCCACUCCUUUGUCGCUUCCCGUGGUCGUCGCUCAUGUGGCACUAUUCAUCGCUUGCACCGUCCACUACGGACUGGAGUUCAAUCAUUUCUACACAACUCUCGCCGCAAAGGGCGUUCACGGAUAUGCGAACGAAACCACACAGCUCGUGGGAGCAGACAUCUUUCUAUCCCUCUGCGAUCUCCUCGGAGACUACAUCCUGAUCUACCGCCUGUGGGUGCUGUGGGGGAGGAACUAUUGGAUUAUUAUCCUACCAUCACUCUGCGCAGUCGCCGGUUUCACGUGCAUCAUGGUAGUAGUUCACUACGUGGUCACCCUCGACCCCACCUCCCCUACACCGCCCGCGGCCAUGCUGCCCCUCACCAUCGCCGGUUACGCGCUUCCCUUGGGUACGAACGCGCUCGCUACGGUCCUCAUCAUUGGGCGCAUAUGGUGGCUGUCUCGCCCCAUGCCUGGGGUCGACGCGUCCCUCUUCGCAGGCCGCAGCAUAGCCCGGAACGCGAUAUCGACCAUCGUCGAGAGUGGGCUGCUCUACUUCGCGGCGCAGCUGACGUAUGUCGUCACGCUCUCUAUUCCUCACCCCUCGGAGGGCGUCAUCGCCGUGAUGGCGCUCCAGAUCUAUGGAAUUGCCCCAACGCUGAUCAUCAUCCGCGUCAUGCUCGGGCUCUCGAUCGAGACGACGACCAAAGGAGCACCCGUUACGCCCAUGGUAUGGGCCUCGAGAGGCUACAGUACGCAGGACAGUCGCGCCGUCAAGUAUGGUGUUGCCUUGGGCAGCGGCAAUACCGCGGCGAGCAGCACGAAGGUCUACCAAGCGGACGGCGAGUCGGUGGAGAUGAAGCCCCUGGAGGAAGUGUAGCAUGCCGUGCGGACUCGUAAGCUUCAUUUUUACACAGUAUUUAAAGGGGGAGCAUGUAUGAGUGAUGGUUUAGAGCAGGGAGGGCCUGCCUUGUAAGUCUGUGUCUGCCUGAUGUCAUAUUGU